AUGUCCGAAGGGGGAGCUAAGCGUGCUGCUUCCCCCACUCGGGCAAUUUCCCCGCCUCCACUUCGGCGCAAGGUCGCAACUGUUACCAAGAAGACAGUGGCGAAUUUCUUCACGCCAGCCUCACAGAAGAAACCUGAGCCUAUCACUUGGCGGAUUUUGGGGACGAGCUUGAUCGUGGGCAAAUAUGUGCCUGAGAAGAGUGCUCCUCAGACAGUCUCGGAGCAGACACGGAGGAUAGCUUCGUUUGAUUUGGAUUCUACACUGAUCAAGACUAUCUCGGGUAAUACCUUCCCAAAAUCACCCAAAGACUGGCAAUGGUGGGAUCCCGCAGUUCCGGGGAAGCUCCAGGAGCUCAAUUCUGAAGGCUACCAAGUUGCGAUCUUCUCGAAUCAGAAGAUGAUCAAGAUCCAAAAGGACAUCAAAAAUGGCAACAGCGAAUCAAAAAGUUUGUCCAAUUUCAAGGAGAAAAUGACUGCUGUCAUGACCCAGUUGGACAUCCCAAUGAGUGUUUAUGCUGCUACGACCGAUCCCGAAUAUAGGAAGCCCCGCUUGGGGAUGUGGCGUGAGUUCCAAGAUGACUACGACCUGGAUGUCUCGGGAAUUGACCUCAAGGGGUCAUUCUUCGUGGGCGAUGCUGCUGGGCGACCGGGCGAUCAUUCGAAUGUUGAUCGUGGAUUCGGGACAAAUGCUGGCAUGGCCUUCAAGACACCAGAGGAGUUCUUCCUCGCGCACGCUCCGGUAGACGUACCCGAGAUUUUCGACCCAACUUCGUACAUCAAGUCAGAACUGGGAUCUGCUCAAGAAUGUACUGGCCCAAUACGCAUCCCUCCCGCAUCUUUUGCCCGCAAACACCCCAUUGAGCUUGUCAUCUUUUGUGGCAGCCCAGGCUCUGGAAAGUCCACUUAUUUCUGGAAAAACCUGGAGCCUCUGGGCUAUGAACGAGUGAACCAGGACAUCUUGGGAUCACGCCCAAAAUGUCUAAAGGUAGCCCGCGAGUUCCUCGAAGCCAAGAAGUCCGUGGUUGUUGACAAUACGAACGCGAACGAGGAGACCAGGGCCUACUGGACGGCAUUGGCGAAGGAAUUCGACGUGCCAAUCCGGUGUGUACAUUUCCUGUCACCACCGGAGCUGUGCAAACACAACAAUGCCGUUCGGGCAUCAAACAAGGAGCUGAACCCUGAAGCGAGGCAAUCUCUCCCCGGAAUUGCCUUCGGAGACUAUGCACGCAGGUACCGGGCGCCCACCCUCGAAGAAGGCUUUGAGGAUAUCAUUCCCGUUGAAUUCCAGUUUCAGGGAACUGACGAGGAGAAGAAGUUGUGGGGUCAGUAUUGGAUUUAG